ACCAGAUGCGUUUUUGCAUAAUGACAAGUUUCCUACGAAUCAUUAUCAACUCUCGAAUUUUAUGCAUUCAACGUACUUAUAUAUAACCCCGGACCGAACACAUUACAGACAAGUACGUGCGUUUAACCCAGCCAAUAAUAUUUCUGAACAAGGAAGUAGUGUAAUUCGUGUAAUAUGCAUACUACAUAAGACUUUUCAUAAAUUAAGAUAUCAAAUUUUACCAAUAAUUGUAUUCUUUUUUUCAAAUGUUAAGGUUUAUAACUUUAUGACUAUGAAUUAGUUUAUAAUGUUUUUCUUCUAAAAAAAAUAGAAACACUUGUGUGUAUAUAUAUAUUGUUUAAAAGGAUUUACUUCUAAAUAAUAUGAAAAAUUGGAAUCCUACUUUCGAUUUUAAGACUACGGAGCUCUUGUUUCGGUUUUGAUUAUGACAUAAUAUUUUUUGACAAAACAUUUAGACGUGAUAUUAUAACAAAUAUAAUUUAACGAAACGUGAAAAAUAAUUGAAUUUAAUAAAAAAAUUAUAAGUAACACAUUAUUUUGGCAACAAAUAUUUAUAUUUAUGACAUUCUAAGUAUGUCUGUUGAUAUAAAAUUUUCUGAGAUAUGCGGUGAAAAUGUCAAAAUUUCCGAAGACAAAUCAACAGCCAUUUGGAUACCGAAGAAUUCUAGUGGUUGGGCUUGUUGCGAGCAGAUAUUUAAACCAGGGGACGUUAUACAGGUGAAAGUUCAAGGGAGUGGACGGUGCGACAUAGGCUUUAUGAAAGAAGAGCAAAGCCCAUGUACUUUCAAAACAUUAAAUGAGAUUAGGGCACAUAGGAGAACGUGUCAUAUUGAAAUGACUUCAAAAGACAGCGGUGAUGAGAUUUCAUCAAGGUUCGCUGAAAAAACGUUCAAAAAGAAAGUUGAGACGAAUGCAACAUAUUGGAUAGCCGUGUAUAUACGAUAUGGUGAUAUGUCUGUCGAACUUUUAACAAAAGAGCCUACGGUGAGUAACUUGAAGUUUUCUGCAAACACAUAUGGGAAAAACAUAAAACUAGAAGACGACAACACAAAGGCAUCAUCUGUUCACAGGAAUCCAGCCUCAAUUUGCUUCCUUGCUGAACGUCUUCAAGUUAAAGAAGUUCUUAAUCUGACAUGUGCACCAGAGAAAGAAGGGGAACGGUUACCUAGCCGAUAUGAUUUUAAACUACAGGUCUGCGAAAAAGAUCCAACAUUAUUUAGAGACGAAUAUAAACAUCUUUUUGAUGCCUUGGAGGAAGGAGAAGAAGUCAACCCACCUCUCACAACUAUCGAAAGUUUUGAAAAAGAUGACUGUAAUGGAAACAUAUAUAUGACCCUUUCAAAUAAUAACACUGUAGAAUAUAAAACAGCAAGAGGUAAACAAAACAGCCAAAUCCUUGAGUUUAGUGCAAAACAUGGCGUUUGGGUCGUGUUUAGCUUGUACCGUGUAAGAAUGAAAUCCAGUAAAGAUACAACUGUAUCAGGAGAAUUGAAAGAAACACCAACUCAGUUACAUUUUGAUCAGCCAGAUAGCGUAGCAAUGCCACCACGUGCGACCGCGGUGCCACCAGAAGAUGAAAUGGGACAUCAACUUGCAGCAGCACAAACUCCAACGAACGAUGUUGCGGUACAGCAGCUGAAUGUAACCAGUAGUGACAAUCAGAAUCAUGUUAAGUAUUUAGAAGGACGUGUUAAAAAUUUAGAAGAAGAAUUACAGAAACUCAAAGUACAAGCUCCGCCUAAUGUAAACCAGGACAUUCCAAGACAGCUGUCAAAUCCUGACAUAAAUGUGUUGACUGAAGAACUAGGAGAUAACAUGAACAUUGCGAAACAUUUUCCUGAACUUGUAAAUUCUAUUGACACCACGCCUUUCUGUGAUCAGUUUUACGCUAAAGAAAUCUUAACAGAAAGUCAAAUAGAUACAAUUCAAUCUCUCAUGAGACGUGAAAAUCACAGUGACGCAAACAGAGAAUUAUUGAAGAUGCUGAAAGCAAAGCGUCCAGAAAAGGCUGUAAUGAUUGAAGUAUUGAAUGCCACUCAGCAACAACAUUUACUGAAACUGUUUUACCCCCGACCGUAA